UACCUUCACGUCCCGUGGUGAUGCUCACGUCAUAAUGAUGAGGCUGACGUCAUCAUGAAGCCUUGCCUUGUCGCCACGUGACCUCUGACGUCAUCACCGCCAACCGUAGCUGUUCCCCCAUCAUGUCACCUUAGCCUCAAGCCACUGACCUCCUCAACAUCAGACCAGGCAGACCCGUGACCUUCAAGGGGAACAACUCUCCCUUCUCCCAACUCUUUCUUCAACUCACGCUAGAACGUUGUUGUCUUUCCUAGCUUCUUUUGACCAUGUGUUGAUAAUUCGUGGUACACAGAGAGUUAAAUCGACCGUUCAAGUUUCUUCAACGACCGCCGGAACGUCGGUUGUGUCUUUCAUCACUUCUUUUUACAUUGACCAUGUGUUGAUAAUUCGUGGUACAUACAGAGUUAAAUCGACCGAUCAAGGCCUAGUGAUAUGACGUCACGCUCCAACAGAGACAUCAACAGUUAAAGCCGCCUAAACAACCCCCUCCCUUUCUGUCUGUCUGUCUCCCCCUGGUGGUGAUAAUAUGGCGUUACAAACGUUACAAGCGUCACAAGAGUCACAUUCGUUACACUUGAACAGAGACAGCAACAACAAAUCCGCGCCUCGUCGGAUCAUCAGAACUUUCAACAACAUGGCUGCCCUCCGAGGAGGAGGUGCCGCCAUUUCCCGCCUUUUCCUUCUCCUCCUUGUCUGGAUGGCGGGCUUCCUGCCCUCGGCGUCUGCACAAAGCUCUGACCUUGACAUUCCUGACUUGACGGCGUACGCGGGGAAAGUGUUCAGUGUGUCGCUGAUGUCACAUCCGGUGUUCGGGGAUUUACACGUCCAUGUGGAGAUUGAGACGGCCACGGACUCCGGCACCAGCGACCUCCCCCCAUGGCUGACCUACAACCGGACAUCUCGGACACUGUCCGGCGUGCCUCUCUCACAAGACCUGGGCCACACGCUGCUCGUCCUGCGCGCCAGCUGCCCCCCGCCACCACAACACCACACCGGAUAUCACGACGGCGACGACCUAUCUGGAGCUGAGGAUGAAUGCCAGGCUUCUUCAGACGUCUUUGAGCUGUCGGUGCUGCCAUGGACGUGGGAUAUGAUGACGUCUGCUGGUGCUACUAGUGCUGGUGCUGCUGUGGCUGAUCAGAGUCUGACCUGGCGGUCCGAGUCACGUGAUCAAGACAAAUUAAGCUCGUCGGCAAUGUCGUCGUCGUCUUCUUCUCCUUCCUCCUCCUCCUCUUCCUCUUCCGCCUCCAACUACGACUGUGACGGGGAUCGGGUUGUCUCCAGUUUGAUUCUCUGCACCACAAUGAGCGGUCUCCAGCCGCGGAAAAGACUGCAGAUCUUAGAGUCCCUCGCGGAGUUCUUAUCCAUUCCCAUCUCGACCUUGACCUUUGCGUCGUCUCAAGGUGAAGGUCUGAAGGCCGUUCAGCACGGGUUCCAGUUGGUGUCUGCUGGGCCGGGCUCCGACGACCGAGUGUGCACGCUGAAGGAGAAUGUGGAGCUUUUGUGGCACUUGCCUUGUCCCACAGUGAGGCACCUUGCAGACUUUGUCAAAGUCCUACAGCAUAACGUGGACGGCGGGCGUCUACAGGAAGAGCUGGGGGUCCGGCUGAUGGGUUGGUACGUCGCCUCCUCCAAUUCGCUCAUCAACCGACAGCAUCGGAGGAAGAGGAGGUCGGGGGGUGGUGGUGCAGGCGGUUACAGAACGGUGAUCCCCACACCGACUUUGCAGCCGUCUCCCUCUACUAGAGAUGAGGAGGGGCUUACUCGGAGCUCCGCGAUUGUAGCUUCUGAGACAAUUGUGGCUACUCCUUCAGUUGUCGUGCCAUCAUCAUCAUCAUCAUCAUCAUCAUCAUCAUCAUCAUCAUCAUCAUCAUCAUCAUCAUCAUCACCAUCAUCAGUGUCAGCAACAACUACAAUAUCGACAACAUUGCCUUCAUCUAGACCAGUGCUAAAUCCAUCGUCUCUAGAAGGUUCUUCUUACUUUCCAUCUUCCUCUUCGUCUGGUUCACCAACGUCCCGUAUGAUCAAGUCUUCUUCCUCAUUGUCCUCUGUUUUCUCUUCCUCAUCCUCCUCUUCCUUUUCCUCCUCUUCCUCCUCUCCACGUCUGUCUGCCUCACUCUCAUUAUCCACACUACCUUCAGGCUCAGACAUGGCUGGCUCCAUUAUCGGUUCCUCACACUUCCGAGUAUCUGCCGAUUCGUCUGCAUCAUCAUCUUCAUCUUCGUUGUCUUCAUCAUCAUCAUCACCACCAUUAUCGUCAUCAACAUCGUCGUUAGUAUCGUCACUGUCGUUUUCCUCCUCAUCGGUUACAGUAUCAUCUUCAUCAUCACCAUCAUCGUCAUCAUCAUCUUCCUUUGAACUGUCAAGACAGCCUGUACACCCCACGUCUACCGUCAUGGCGACCCCACAUACGUCAUCACAUGGGACCACGUCACAGCACACGGGGGUAUACAUGACGUCAUCCAGCGCGCCGCCAGACCUCCAGCCCUCCAUGUCCACGAGCCAGGGACCAGAGCUGAUCCUGCCAGAUUUGACCCGCACACCGUCCUUAACCAACGCCAUUACGACGGCUUUUCUGAAGACAGAUUAUUCAUCCCCGAUGUCAUCAUCGCCAUCUUCACCAUCAUCAUCGUCAUCAUCACCAGAUCUAGGCACGUCACAGUUAUCGUCUUCAAUGAUGGCGUUAUCUUCGUCCCAAAGCGUGUCUUCUGAGAGAGGCUCAAACAGUAGUAGCAUCGUUUAUGAGGGUACCACCGCCUCAGUAACAGACGCACACUCUCUACACAACUCUAGUCUCUUGCUAGAAAGUUCUGCCACGUCACAGACUAACAGCAGCAGCCACGUCGUCUAUUCGUCAACAGGAGAAAGAUUUUUGCAGGCGUCGCAGCUUCUAUCCGCAAGCUCGAAUGUAGUAGCCACGUUGACAAAUAACUCGUCGUCUAUCGGUGUAGAUCUCGAAGCUUCUAUAGCAGCCUCGUACGUACUCGGUUCCCCACACAACCACACGCUGACUGCCUGGUCCAGUUCUCUAUCUGGUAAGGAUGAGCCAAUGUCUGCGGGUUCGAACCUACCAAGUCAUUUAGUGGACCUUACUGUAGACGCCACAGUGUUACCGGUUGGAGAGCCCGCCUCGCUAGCUAUAGGAAGUCAUCCGGACAGUUUUUCGCCGACUCCAACCGUUGCCACGUCGUAUUUUACACGGGCAAGUUCAAGUGUUGGAAUAGCCGAUAUCUCUCCUUGGUCUUCCUCGUUUUCUUGCCCGGCUGGCGAUAAAUGUGGAGGUGUCGCAACAACCAUUUCAACUAGCACAGAGGGGCUAGAUGGGUCUGUACUGUCCGGGGAAAGUCUCUCCAGAAGCUUGAUGACCCCUACACUUGUCCAUCCUUGGGCAUCAUCAGACGAACUUUUACCUUACUCUCCUACUUCAUUAAGUGGAAUAGACUUUAGUAUCGUAUCACCGCAAGCCGAGUCUGCCGCGAUAGUUGGAUCGGAUCAGUCCCUUUCAAAGGACAUAUUCACAGAAUUGUUUUCAAACACUUUAACACCGGAGUUGGCUUCAGAAUUAGUUGAAUCAGAAGUCUUUGCCACUCAACCGAUAAGUGGGCACCCCAGCAUAACAGCAGGGCCGCUAGACGCAAGCAGUCAGAUAUCUUCCACGUCAACUUCAGCAGCAGUAGCAGCAGUUGCAGCAUCAGCAACAGCAACCACACAAACGACGUCGGCAAGUACAACAACGGCAACAACGCCUACAACAACAUCCGAAACCACCACCACAACAACAACAACAGCCACUACAACACGACGAAGGAGAAGGACGACAACGGCAGAAGUGACCACAAGAGAGACCCGCCCCUCAGUCUGGCCAACCCCCUGGGAGUUCACGGCAGAGGUUCACGAUGACGUUCCUCAUCGACUUCCAACAGUUCAUGGGGAGCCGGCGGAACAUCGUGCGCCUGUUGGACCGUCUGGGCGCUUACUUCAACGACAGUGGUGCCAAGUUCAUCACCGUGCUGUCUGUGGCUCAGGGCUCCUUUGUCCUGUCCUGGACAAACCACACGCUCACCGGAGACGUCUGUCAGAGAGAU